GAUCUAGGCAGCAGAAGUAAAUCCGAGACAGACAACUACCUGCAGUUUUUUGAGGAGGCCACAGUAGAGGAGCUCACAGCCAUGCCUGGCUGCUCCAAGAAGAAAGCUGAAGUUAUCAUGGGACUUCGACCAUUUAAAACUUGGGAAAAUCUAAUUCAGAAAUUCAACUCUGAAAAGCAGCUGUCCACAUCUCUCAUCUCUGGUUGUAAAGAAAUCAUGCAGGUGCGAAACACCGUCCGGCGACUCAUGGUGCGGUGUGAAAGUAUAUCACAGCAGAUGGGCCUAGUUGUUUCUCGCCUGACCAAACAAAAUGGGGCCAGUGGAGGAGAGGAGUUGCGCAUCACUAAACAGCCAGAGCUGCUGAAUAAAGAAUUAGAACUCCAGCCUUAUCAGUUCAUUGGACUAAGCUGGCUGCGGAUCAUGCAUGAGCAGAAGUUGAACGGUAUCCUGGCUGAUGAGAUGGGUUUAGGUAAAACAAUUCAAGCCAUUGCGUUCUUGGCCCAUUUGAUGGAGGAAGGUGAAGAAGGACCUCAUGUCAUUAUUGUCCCAUCAUCAACGAUAGAGAACUGGCUGAGAGAGCUGCAGCUUUGGUGUCCUGCUCUGAAAAUUGUGGUCUACUACGGAUCUCAGGAGGAGCGGAGAGCAGUACGACAUUCCAUAUUCUUUCAGGGGGAGGAGUUUAAUGUUUUACUAACAACAUACAAUAUGGCAACUGGCGGUGUUGAGGACCGGGUCUUGUUUAAAAAGUUUGAAUUUCACUAUGCUGUAUUUGACGAAGGCCACAUGCUGAAGAACAUGUCCUCUCUAAGGUUUCAGAAUCUCAUGAAAAUUGCCGCGGAGCGUCGUUUGUUGUUGACUGGCACACCUCUACAGAACAAUUUACUGGAACUGAUGUCUCUACUUUGCUUUGUCAUGCCAGAGAUUUUCCAGGGUAAAACCGACCACCUCAAGAAAGUGUUUGCUAUGAUUUCAAGGUCAGAGGACAAACAGAAAAGUCGUUUUGAGAGGGACAGAAUUGCUCAAGCCAAACGCAUCAUGAGGCCAUUUGUUCUACGCAGGCUCAAGCGAGAUGUCCUGCAGCAUUUGCCAAAGAAGGUAGAACACAUUGUCAAAUGUACGCUGACCCCAGUACAGCAGGAGUUGUAUGACAGAUUGGUGGCAAAAUAUUCACAAGAGAUUGGUGACAACGAGGAGACAGUGACCACUGGUGGGGUUGGCAUUUUCAUGCAGUUUCGCAAAGCUGCCAAUCAUCCGUUGCUGCUGCGAAACCUGUACACGGAUGACAAGCUGGAGAAAAUGGCCAAAGAAAUUGCUAAGGAACCAUCCCACAGGGACCGGGGAGCUUUGCCUCAUCUUAUACAGGAGGAUAUGGCUGUAAUGAAUGACUAUGAAUUGUUAGCACUUUGUAAACAGUAUAAGAAAUACCUAGGGAAAUAUAUUUUGGACACCUCAGUUAUAGCAGAUUCAGCCAAGUUUGGACAGCUAGACACUCUUUUACCACAGCUCAAGGAAAGGGAUGACCGAGUGCUGAUGUUCAGCCAGUUCACAAUGGUGUUGGACAUCAUGGAGGAGUACCUGAAACAGAAGGGCUAUAAGUAUAUACGCAUGGAUGGUCAAACUCCUGUCCCUGAUAGAUUACAGCUGAUUGAUCGUUUCAACAAUGAGCCCGAUAUUUUUAUUUUCCUCCUGUCCACACGGGCUGGGGGAUUGGGCAUUAACCUGGUGGCCGCCAAUACAAUCAUCCUGCACGACAUUGACUUCAACCCUUACAAUGACAAACAGGCCGAGGAUCGCUGCCACAGGCUGGGUCAAAAGAGGGAGGUGACCAUAUACAAGUUGAUCUGUGAAGAUACAGUCGAUGAAGCAAUGCUGAAAUGUGCCAAUGACAAACUGGACCUGGAGAAGGACCUAACUGGACCUACACAAGAUGAAGACCCCGAAGACAGUACCAAAGACGUGGUUCACAUGCUGAAAGAUGUUCUCAGGUUGCGGCAGAAGAAGAAGGAAGGCAGCACCAGCGAAGGGACUGAGAGCAGCAUCUCAGUCUCUCGAACAUCAUGA